UCAAGCAAAGGAAAUUAACAUCUGUUUUUAGUUAUCAGUAAAUUUUACUUUUAGUUGAAUUUUACUAUAUACGAUCCAUAUAAAAUCCCUUCUAGAAGUAAUAACAGUUCAGUACUGAAGUAGUCACUUAUCAAAUCUUGUCAUGAAAUCGAAAUUUUGAAGAUAAAAUCGUGAAAUUGAACAGUGGCUAAAAUGGAGAAAUUUAUAAUCCGUCUCGUAAGCGUAAUUCUUGUGUUGAAUUGCGUGUCUGCAAGGAGUAUCAGUUACGAAUCAAUAGGUGCUCACUCGUCUGGCAGGCCAUACAAUAGAAUGGUACGUUACGCAGAAGCAGUUGACCACCUAGGUAGUAAUGGAAACGGCAGGGUAAAUAUUGAGAGUUUGGGUGCUAUUAGAAGUAGUCCGGAAGAACUAUUAAGCCGAAACGCGGCUAUUGAAAUGUUAGCUGAUUAUGAGGAUGGUUAUUAUGGUGGUGGUAAUGCUGGCGGUUAUGGUGGUGAUUAUGGUGGUGAUUAUGGUGGUGAUUAUGGUGGCUCUUAUGGUGAAGAUUAUGGUGGUGAUAAUAGUGUUGAUUAUGGUGGUGAUAAUAGUGCUGAUUAUGGUGGUGAAUAUGGUGGUGAUUAUGGUGGCUCUUAUGGUGAAGAUUAUGGUGGUGAUAAUAGUGAUGAUUAUGGUAGUGAAUAUGAUGGUGAUUAUGCUGGUGAAGGUGCUUACGAUGAUGAUUUAGGUGGUAGUUGUGGUGGUGGAGGUGAUUAUACUGGUGAAGGUGAUUAUACUGAAGAAGGUGAUUAUACUGGUGAAGGUGAUUAUGCUGGUGAAGGUGAUUAUACUGGUGAAGGUGAUUAUGCUGGUGAAGGUGAUUAUACUGGUGAAGGUGAUUAUACUGGUGAAGGUGAUUAUACUGGUGAAAGUGAUUAUACUGGUGAAGGUGAUUAUACUGGUGAAGGUGAUUAUACUGGUGAAGGUGAUUAUACUGGUGAAGGUGAUUAUACUGGUGAAGGUGAUUAUACUGGUGAAGGUGAUUAUACUGGUGAAGGUGAUUAUACUGGUGAAGGUGAUUAUAUUGGCGAAGGUGAUUAUACUGGUGAAGGUGGUUAUACUGGUGAAGGUGGUUAUGCUGGUGAAGGUGGUUAUACGGGUGAAGGUGGUUAUACUGGUCAAGGUGAUUAUAUUGGCGAAGGUGAUUAUAUUGGUGAAGGUGGUUAUGCUGGUGAAGGUGGUUAUGCUGGUGAAGUCAGCAAUUCAGCAAUUCAGCCAUCCAGGACUGGUGAAGGUGAAUGCUCGCGUAAUGACGAGAACUCAUCAAUUUCACAUUUGGAGCAGCGUACCGAAGUGCAGUCAAAGAAACAGUCUGGUAAUUGCGUAAUUAAAACGUUGCAACUGCAAAAGUAA